AUGGUCCUGGCCCAUUCGUUGAGGGAUAAUGGCACACGGGCGAAGAUCGUGGUGCUUGUCACCCCGGAUAGCUUGCAAGCCUCAACUAUCGAGGAGCUCAAGUCCCUUUACGAUGAAGUAAUCCCGGUUAGCCGGGUGGUCAACGUAUCUCCAGCCAACUUGUACUUGAUGGACAGACCCGAUUUGAUAUCCACAUUCACGAAGAUAGAGCUUUGGAGACAGAUUCAAUAUAGACAGAUAGUCUAUAUUGACGCGGAUGUCGUGGCCCUCAGAGCCCCAGAUGAACUGCUCACACUUGAUACCCAGUUGGCUGCCGUUCCAGAUAUCGGAUGGCCGGACUGUUUUAAUUCCGGGGUCCUCGUCCUUCGCCCAAGCCUACAGACAUACUACUCCCUCGUCGCAUUUGCGCAGCGAGGGAUCAGUUUCGAUGGCGCCGACCAAGGUCUUUUGAAUAUGCAUUUUAGAAAUUGGGAUAGGCUGAGCUUCGCGUACAACUGCACGCCCAGCGGGCAUUAUCAAUAUAUCCCUGCGUUUCGGCAUUUUCAAAGUAGCAUUAGUCUUGUACAUUAUAUCGGACAGAAAAAGCCAUGGAGCCUCCCGAGGCAGACUUUCCCUGUCGAAGGCCCCUAUAAUCAGCUGCUUGCACGAUGGUGGGCAGUAUACGAUCGCCAUUACCGACCAGCACCUCCAAUGGCUAUACCUGCGUCGAUACAACCUGACUAUCUCUCGACUGAGCAUGGCUUGAGCCAGCCCGCUUCAACAGGGAUUACAGAACCUUUCAGCCCCCCAGACAGCGGCUCUAUCGCAUCUUUUGGAAGCGCUGGUCUGAAAUCGGCAACUGCCUCCGAGGUUUGCCCUUCGGAGAUCACUACAGAAUCGAUGAGAUCACAGGAAGCCCAGAAUGCUCAGAUUCCUACUUUUUUGAUACCCAGAUCCGCACCGGCACCUGAUCUCACAUUUGGUCCUGAAGGUGGGGACUUAUGCCGUGCGGGCCAUGAAAUCCCCGUUGCAAAAUUUGAACCUGCCUCAAAUGUCAUUCCGCAAAAUAUGCGGCGUGAGCAGAGCGCUUCUAUCCAUCACCCUCAAAUUCUUCCUGUGAGCAAGCCAUCUGCUCAGCCUGUUGAGUCUUACGCUAGUCGUGAAACCCCAGCACCAUCCGAACCUGCUUUAAGUGCUGUUCCACAACAUGCACGUGGUGAGGAGAAUAUUUCUGUCCACCGUCCCCAAAUGCCUCCCACAGACCAGCUGUCUACCAGGUCCCAAAAUGGCCCAUCCCAAAACAGCAAUAGAGCUUCCUUUACAGCAUCUGAUCUUGUUCAAAGUAUUGUUCCACAGUAUGUCCAUGGCGAGGAGAAUAUUUUGGUUCACCGCCCCCGAAUAUCUCUUGUGGACCAGCCAUCUGCGCGGUCCCAAAAAAGCCAUGCGCCUUCUUUUAUGAUACCUGAACCUGCCUUAAGUGUUGUUCCACAAUAUGUGUAUGGUGAGGAGAAUGUCUCUGUUCACCGUCCGCAAAUGCCUCCUGUGGACCAGCCAUCUACUAAACUGGCUGGAUCCUAUACUGAUAUCGGCAUACUGACGCCUCGGACUACUGUGCAUCGCCCUGUUCAGCUUCAUCAAACUUCAUUGCCACCGACAGAACCUGCACCUACUGUGGAUGGGAGUGGCCUGCCCAGAUUUGUAUCUGUGGAAGCAAAAGAAACUGCAAACAAUGCCAGCACUCAACCAUUGCGUGCUGUCUCUCCUCCAAUGAUGAUCUGGGAUGCCGCACGCGCACCGCCGCCCCUUGACUCAAGGCCUGAAGCUGCGAAUUUUCCAUCUCAGACGUAUGCAAUGUCCAAUAGCACACAAUUAUUCCGUCCCCCCAAGUCGUAUCCGAAGGUCCCGAAACAUAUGUAUUACGAGGUUCCACCGAAGCCGCCCGUGUCGGAAGCUUUAGCUCGGAUUUUUCCUUGGGAAAGCCAGGCUCCGGUCCCCUCUCGGGUGUUCUCUGAUGAGGUGCAAGAUAAUGAAGCACCUCAUCCAAGAGCUACUCUAUUGGGAAAAACUAAAGGUGGGCCGUUAAAAGGCACCGGCAGAGUCCCAACAAACCCCUGGGAUACACACAACCAAACGAAUGCCUGGGAUGAGAUACCUGAGAUUGAGCAGUACAUGCGGUCUUUUCAGGGAUCUCGAAAGGGCAGCGUUCAAGUGAUUUCGGGGGCAGAAUCUAGCGGAAGGAGACCUAGUUUGCGACUAACCGAUUUUCCAACUGAAGCUGAGCGCCCAAGUCUUCCAGUAACUCCCGCACUUAUCCGGAGGCGGUACCUCAAAGGAUCCAAAGAUGGCACGGAGGGUUUACGGGGCGCCAAAGGUGUCCCGCAACAGGACGAAUGGGUGUGUCUUACGGUCAAUGCCUUUGCGAAUAUCCUUCGAGUCACGUACUUAUACUGGCGUUUUACAGAACCCCGCAGAGCAGCUCGAGAGGCUUCAUAA